GAGAGAGAGAGAGAGAGAGUUAGCUUAAUGGGAUUUAGAGAGAGAGAGGAGAAGAGGGAAACAGAGCUGAGCAUCAGCUUCUUAAGAAGGGAGGUUAUCUCCUGCUAGCAACACACACACACACACACACACACACACACACACACACUUAUGCACACACAGACACACAGACACACACACACAUAUACAGCGCUAACAGAGCUAACAGAGCUAACAGGGAGACUGCAGAGCAGCAGCCAUGACAGACACCGACGCCCUGAGUGAUGCCUUGCAGGCUCUCAGUGUGAGCACGGAGCUGAUUGAAGAGGAGCUGAAGCCUCACUUGGACACUCUGCUCACUGCCCUGCUGGAGAAGAAGAAGGACGCUGCUGUGGAGAUUUCCAGGAGUGGGAUUCUUCCAACUCUGGCUCAGGUGUUAGAGAGGAGAAGCAACCUGAAUAUCCAGGUGGCGCUGGUGGUGGCAGAGAUGGCCCGAGAAGCUGCAGUGAGGGAGCCAUGCAUUGAGGCAGGUCUGGUAGAAGUUCUGGUUCCACAUUUGAAAAGUAACGACGAGGAGAUGCUGCUAAACACUGGAAGAGCCAUCGGACGAAUCUGCUUCGAUAACUCGCACCAGCAAGACCAGUUAGUCCAGAGAGGCGUCAUCCCCAGACUAGUGACCAUCAUCAGGGAUUAUCCGGAGAACGACCCGCUGGUCAAUGUGUGCCUGCUGGCUCUCUGCAACCUGGCUGAUAUUGACUCUGCGCGGGAAGCUCUGGCUGAUCAGGACGUUGCAGGAGUGUUGACGUUUCAGCUGAAACGAGCUCCUGAUGCUGAGCGCCGUCAUGUGAUACUGGAGAUACUGGGAUCACUCGGAGAGAGCGAUACACUGAAGCUGCAGUUUGCAGAGUCAGGAGUACCAGAAGCUUUAUCGGAUAUGAUCCGGGCUCUGCAGGCCGCUUCGGACCCUCAUGAUCUCUGCAGCAUCAAGAUUGCCUCCAACCUCAUCGUGUCCCUGCUGUUAGGAGAUGAGUCCAUGCAGAAGUGUUUUGGAGAGGGGUCAGGUCUGGUUUAUCAGGAUGUUCUGUCGUGGCUGCAGAGCUCGAACACUCAGCUGCAGCUCUCAGGAGCUCUUGCCAUUGCUAACUUUGCCAGAAAUGACAGUAACUGUGUCAAGAUGCUUGACCUCGGCGUGGUGCCUCACAUCCUCACCCUACUGGAGAAACAUGUUGAUGAAGGAGACGUGUCUGUCCAACAUGCUGGACUGAGCGCGCUCAGAAACCUCGCCAUCCCUGCCACCAAUAAAGAGCGGAUGUUGGAGGAUGGAGUCACAGAGAGGAUAAAGAGCCUGCUGCGCUCUGACAUGCCUCCAGUUCAGUUUAAACUUCUGGGAACUUUACGUAUGAUGGUGGAUGGACAAGAGGAGGCUGCAUUGGUGCUCGGCAGAGACUCGGUUCUUCUCGCUCGGGUCAUGGAGUGGUGUGAUGCCAAAGAUCAUGCAGGAGUCCGAGGAGAAGCCAGCCGCUUGCUCGCCGCUCUGAUCAGACACAGCCGCAACGCCGAAGUUGUUCGUGCUGUUGCCAAAGCAGCAGGGAUUCAACAUCUUAUCUCCAUGGCAACAAGUGAGCAUGUCAUCAUGCAGAGCGAGGCCCUGGUUUCUAUGGCGAUAGCCUCUGCCAUCGACAUAGACUCAGUGAAGGAUGUGUUCAGGGACGCUCAGCUGUUUCCUCUCCUGAAGAACAUGUUGGAGGAUCCUGUUGGAGCAGUUGAAGUGAAGUUCAGUGCUUUAGGUCUAAUCUGCAGCCUGGUUAACUGCAGUGUGAUGAAGGAUGAGCUGAACUCUGUGAAUAUGAAGGAGAGUCUCAGUAAACUGACGGAUCACAGCAGCAGUAAACUUUCCUCUCAGGCCAGCUCCAUACUGGCUGUUCUCUGUGACACCGCUUAAACCAGCACGAAGCUUCCAUGUCUGGAUUUAUUUAUUAAUUUAGUAACAAACAUUAAUAAAAACAAUAAUCUAAAUGCACAGAAUAUGAUAAUUGUUGUAUUAACUUCUCAUAUCUUACCAGUCUUCGGGCAAUGAUCACCAAAUAAAGACUAAAAGUGUUCCUACAUUUCCUCCUGAGCUUUCAGCGACAGCUGAUGACCUUCAUCGUAUAACCAUUGUAUGACAGUCUUUUUGUUUCAAAGGAGCAAUACAUGUGAUUAAACAUAACUUACCUGUUGCAUUUUAUGGCGCAACCAUUUUGAUUUUACUCUGAGAUGUUAAUGUUGUCGUAAGUCGCUGUGAACAUAAAUGUUUAACACAUUUAAAGACUGUCAACCAAAUGAUUGCCAGUCCUACCUAAAGAUAUCAGACUGACACAAUCCUGUGUUGUGAUGUAGGUUAUAAAGAAUCACGUUUCUAAAGGAAGAAUUUGCUACUUUUUACCCAGUAGAUGUUGCCAUUGAGCUCCAACAUAAACCAAAACAAACUUCUGUUUGGCCACUCCUCUUCCAUACUGAAGCCUCCGCUCUCCUUCAGAGGCACACCUCCAACCCCCCUCCACUUGCGUUCUCCCAGAGUUUAGUACAACUAGUGGACAAAAUCGUCCUCUGCUUGAGCUGCAGUCACCUGUGUCCUGCAUUGUUGUGUUAGCAUGCUAAUGUUAGUGCUCUUUAGUUAGCUCGUAGCUUCA